AUGACAUAUCCUAAAGAGACAAGGCACCAUUUUGAUGUGCAAAAGUGUGCACUUGGGUUUGAUUCUUUUUUUCUGGAGCUCUCCGGUGGCAGAAAUCUGCAAUUAGUAGGAAAACUGGAGCAUUUGUAUAGCCAUCAUCAAUCAAUACUAAGCAACCUUGUUGGGUUUCAGAUAGCGAUCGGGAAAUGUAGAGGGUUGUAUGGCGGGCCGACCUAUGCCGCCGCUACUGAUGCCUUCCUCCUCUUCCUUCCGCUUCCUUUUUAUCUAUUCCUUUGGGAUCCGAUUGCGAUCGGACGGCCCACUGUAAGGUUGAAGAGGACUGCGGAGCUCCCCCUCCGAUUCCGCCGUGAUGGCGUUUUCAAGAUUCUUCAGGUAGCCGACAUGCACUACGGGAAUGGUGAGGCGACGAGGUGUAAGGACGUGCGGGCGGCGGAAGCCGCCGGCUGCUCGGACCUGGAUACAACAAUAACUUAUAACUUACAGGCAAUCUUCCAAGCACCAGCACUCACCUUCUUCCACAUCCCAUUCCCCGAGGUUCGACAGCUCUGGUACACUAAGAUUGUGGGCCAAUAUCAGGAGGGUGUAGCUUGUUCUAUCGUCAAUUCUGGCGUCCUAAAAACCUUACGCUCCAUGGGAGAUGUGAAGGCCUCUUUCAUCGGCCAUGAUCAUCUGAACGACUUCUGCGGAAAUCUUGAUGGUAUCUGGCUCUGUUACGGCGGAGGCUUUGGAUACCAUGCAUAUGGCCGAGCUAGUUGGCCGGGGAGAGCGAGGGUGAUCUCGGCGCAGCUUAAGAAAGGAAUGAAGGAUUGGUUGGGAGUCGAAACCAUUAGGACCUGGAAGCGACUUGAUGAUGAGGUGCUCAGCCAGAUAGAUGAGCAGGUGCUGUGGGAAAACAGAACUGGAGAAUAAGGAUGAGUAGGGCUCUCAAUGUCAAUCUGAGUUGGAACUUCUAACCUUUUUGUUGUUUAAUUGGGGUGGUAUAUUGACUUUAUUAUGAUCUUUAUGAUGUUUAUUGUCUAACUUUUGGUUCUUGAUGACUGAAACAAAAUGUUUAUUUGUUUUA